AUGCACACGCCGGCGGACAGUAAUUCGAAGCUGAUCAAGAUGGGUCAAGAGGAAGCGUUUGUACCAAAGUACCCAUACCGUGAGCUGGUGGGCGCUUUAAUGUACAUCGCCACAUGUACACGACCGGACAUUGCGCAUGCGGUUGGCGAAGUUGCGAAGUUUUGCGAGCGCUACGACAAGUCGCAUUGGACAGCAGCAAAGCGGAUUCUCAAGUAUCUCAAGACGACUCAAGACUUAAGCAUCGUUUUCAGCGGCAUCAACAAGGGAGAGCUGAUUGGAUUUGCGGAUGCAAACUGGGCUGGCGACCUCGACACGCGGCGUUCGACAACAGGAUACGUUUUCUUCCUGAACGGAAGCGUGAUAUCGUGGAACUCGAAGCGUCAACCAACGGUCGCGACCUCAAGUACGGAAGCAGAGUACAUGAGUCUGUACAGCGCGACGCAGGAAGCAAUUUGGCUUCGAGGUCUGCUCAAGGACCUGAACUACUGUGCCAAGAACGCGACGACGAUUUUUCAAGACAAUCAAGGUUGCAUCGCGCUGGCCAAGAAUCCUGUGUACCACUCGCGCACGAAGCACAUCGACAUCAAGUUUCACUUUUUGCGUGAAAAGGUUGCAAGUGCAGUUAUCGCGCUAGAGUUCAAGCCGACAGAAGAAAUGGUCGCGGAUGGAUUCACCAAAGCACUAUCAAGAGACAAGCACAGCAAGUUCAUCACGGGUUUGUGCAUGGCGGUGUAG